AUGUGGAAAGGGCGGCGCUCAGAAGCGAUCCGCCUCAGCUCCGCCGUGGCUUCCGGGUUCGAGCCGCUCUGGCCCGCUCGGAGGACCGCGAGUUCCGUUAUCCUUAAGGAGCCCUCGCGGCUCUAUGGUCACUUCCGGGAGGGGGAGGGGCGGGAGCGGGGCCAUGGAGGGACCCCCCGAGGGCGGCGACCCCCAGGGCCUGGUUGCCGUGGGUUACCGGCGGGUUCCGGUUUCCUGGGCUCCCACCUGGCGCGGCUGCUCCUGGAUCGGGAGCCGGAGCUUCGGGAGCUUCGCGUCCUCGACGUCCGCCCGGACCCGGCCGCGAUCCCGGAGCGCCACCGCUCGCGGGUGCGGCUGCUCCGGGGCGAUGUGGGCGACCUGGGCGCGCUGCGGGCGGCGCUGGCCGGAGCCGCCGUCGUGUUCCACGCCGCCUCCCUCGUGGACGUCUGGGGCCGCAGCAGCCCCGAGGCCAUCGCCAGGGUCAACGUGCUGGGUACCAAGAACGUGAUCAGGGGGUGCCAGGCCUGGGGGGUCCCAAUCCUCAUCUACACCAGCAGCAUGGAGGUCGUAGGGCCCAACACCCGCGGGGACCCUUUUGUCAGGGGGGACGAGGACUCCCCGUACCCCACGCGCCACUCGGAGCCGUACCCCCUGAGCAAGGCCCAGGCCGAGCGCCUCGUCCUGGAGGCCAACGGGACCCCCGUGGCCGGCGGCGGCCGUUUGGUGACGCUGUCCCUGCGCCCCACCGGGAUUUUCGGGGAGCGCCACCCGCUCCUGGAGCUCUUCUACCGGCGGGGGAAGGGCCUGGGGGGGUGGGUGCCCCGGACCCUCCCCCCGCACGCCGAGCACGGGAGGGUCUACGCAGGCAACGUGGCCUGGAUGCACGUCCUGGCGGCCCGCGCCGCUCGCCGCAGCCCGGCCUCGGUGGCCGGCGAGGUUUUCUUCUGCUACGACGCCUCUCCCUGCGUCCCCUACGAGGAUUUCAACCUCCUGCUGCUGGGCCCGGCCGGGAUCCGCUCCGGUGGCCCCCGGAUCCCGCCGGCGCUGCUGGGAAUGCUGGCCCGGCUCAACGGGGCCCUGCGGUGGCUACUGGGGGCUCUGGGCGCCGGCUUCGCGCCCUUGCUCAACCCCUACACCUGGGCCGUGGCUUGCACGGCCUUCACCGUCCGCACGGACAAGGCCGAGCGCUGCUUCGGCUACCGGCCGCUCUUCUCCUGGGAGGAGGCCCGCGAGCGCACGCUGGCCUGGGUGCGGCAGCUGGACGGGGCGUGAGGGGGGCGGGAAAGGGGGGAUUUGGGGCUGAUCCCAAUCCUGGAGGGAAUCCGGGCCGGGAUUUGGGGCUGAUCGCAAUCCUGGAGGGAAUCCGGGCCGGGAUUUGGGGUUGAUCCUGGAGGGAAUCCGGGCCGGGAUUUGGGGCUGAUCGCAAUCCUGGAGGGAAUCCGGGCCGGGAUUUGGGGCUGAUCGCAAUCCUGGAGGGAAUCCGGGCCGGGAUUUGGGGUUGAUCCUGGAUGGAAUCCGGGCCGGGAUUUGGGGUUGAUCCUGGAGGGAAUCCGGGCCGGGAUUUGGGGCUGAUCUCGAUCCUGGAGGGAAUCCGGGCCGGGAUUUGGGGCUGAUCACAAUCCUGGAGGGAAUCCGGGCCGGGAUUUGGGGCUGAGGUUGAUCCUGGAUGGAGUCCGGGCCAGGAUUUGGGGUUGAUCCUGA